AUGACAUCUUCCACUAUCAUUCGUAGUGCUUCCACCACAACCAAUGUUUGCAGCUUCUAUUACUACCAUUUGCCAGCCUCCACCCCCCUUGCCAACAUCUUCCAUAACCAGCACCAUUUAUUAACAACUUCUAUCACAACUGCCUACAACUUAGUAGCAACAUCGAUAGCAACAGCAACAGCAAAGCGCAGCAACAGCAAGGCUAAAACAACGAAGGAGAAGAAGGAACAGCAUGAGAGUGACAGUGUUCGGAACUCGGCUUGGUCUAUGGCUAAGGCUAAUAUUACGGAUAAUCAUAAGGUUCGGUAUAAGGGUCAUGCCAUCACCGAAAACACAGUGACUCUCACCCUUAUGUCCAGUGCUGACAAGGUCUUCAUGUCUCUCAACAAGCGCGAGGUGGGUAAAGAUCUACAGGAACCUCCAAGACCGAGGCAUCCACGCGGUCGUCCUGAACCAGCACUCGGGUCGCGUGACAGCCAAACGCGUUUUCGACACGUUCAGCCCCGGCGUCGAGGAGGAGUUGGUGGAGUUCGUAGACGACGUUCAAGAUGGGCGGAUCAUCGUCUUCGCCGUCCUGGACGAGGCGAGCAAGGGCCUGACCUGGCGCGGCCGCAACAAACUCCGCGAACUGGGCUCCCGCUGGUCGGAGAAGAUCGCCUACAGGGACAUGUGGGCGCUGGUCACUCGCAAGGGCGGCCUCAAGCUCGCCGAGACCUACUCCAACGUGGCCACGGCGGACACGGGCUACGAGUGGGGCGGCCCGUGUUCCUCCGGACGGACUUCGACCUCGAGGAGAACGAGCCGGCGUGCUCGUGGGCCGACGAGCGCAACGAGGCUCGCCGACUCUUCUGCCGCAGCAACGACGGCUACGGGGCGAUGUGCGACUGUGACGUCACUUCCUGGAAGGACGUUUUCUUCCAUGCAGAUGACCAGUUGCACAAGAAUCUGGCGUCGAAACAACUCUACAAAGACUUGGGAAUCGCUAUUUUGGCCACGGAUCGACCUCACUACCUUUACAGGACCCUCAAAUCCCUGUGGGAGGCGCCGGGGCUGAACCGUGACAAGGUGGCGGUGUACGCAGACACGCACCACCAGGGGAUCAUGGACGUCUGCAAGCUCUUCGGGGUGCACUUGGUGGUGGCGCAACAACCCGGAAAUUCGUCCGCCAUUCGGAUUCGCAACAAGUUCCAGAGGAUUCUCGGGGACCUGUUUAUGGCCAAAUUCCCCGAAGGAACAGUCCCCCCGGAAGACACUUCGAAGGAUGCUGUCCCUCCCUUUGCCUGUACGAGCAUCUUAAUUCUCGAGGACGACAUCGAAGUCUCUGUGGACAUCUUCAAAUUCCUCCACGAAGUCAGUCCCAUCAUGGAGCGAGACCCAACCGUCAUGGGAAUCAGCAGCUUCAAUUUCUUCGGCUUCCGGGACGUGGCCAACAACCUGACCCAGCUCUACAGGACGGACCAGGUCAACAACCUCGCCCUCUAUCUGACGUCGAAGGUUGUGCACAAGGAACUCGCUCCAAAAUGGAUGCCGGUGGAUAGCACCCGCGAAUGGUACCGCGCCUUAAUCGAUGUCGUAGCGGAGAAACCCGGCCGGGCCAUCGUGUACCCGGAAGUGCCCCGCGCCCGCCACCGAGCCUACAGCGGCAUCACGAUCAACGGCGGCGUCCAGUACAACCUCUUCCGCGACCACGUGCUGGCGCUGACCACGGACUACCAGUUCCAGAAGGAGGAGAUCGAGAGGUUAGAAUUAUCGCAAUACGAGGCGUGGCAGCUGAACACACUGAAAGCAUCCGAACCUAUUUCAUUUGACUUCUGCAAGCACGAUUUCUUGUAUUCUCAUGAUCCAGUGAUAAUGUUCGUUAACCACAACGACAGCAGAGAAGGAGAGUCCGAUUGGCACUACGCAAUGAAGUGCCUAAAGACCUGGGACAUUUACAUGGAAGCCGGAUGGAAGGGUGUGUGGCAAUUCCACUUCCACGGCCACUUGCUUAGUGUUGUGGCUUAUCCCACUUCUCCCUUCAGCUACUUAAAACCAGCCACAUACAAAUUUGUCACUGCACCUCCCACCACGACGACCACCACAACCACCUCAGCCCCAUCGUCUAACUCGGCUUCGUCACCAACACCUUCAGCAAGCUAGGGUUAUCCCUUUCCAUGCUCUUAUAAUAUUUGUAAAAAAGAAAAUAUUGUGGUAGGUAUUUUAACAUAGACGUCAACUAUUAAAUAAUAGGAUAGAGGAAUCUCUUUUCUUUGGCGACUCCGGAGCGAGCAUUCAAAAGAAAUUGAAAAGGUUUUUUUGUCUUAACUCUCAGAGUACUUGAAAGUACUUAAAGCAAAUAAAAUACUUACAAAAAAUUACCUUCAAGAGAAAUACUCAACAAAUACCCAGAAUUUUCUUACAUCCACAAUUAUCUGAUCUUUAUAAAAUUCAGAAAUACAAACCUGUUCCUUACAUGCAAAAUGAAGUAAAUCUGUUACAUAGCUCAUACAGAUAUGGUCAUUUUUGUAUUUCAUUGUAAACUAAUAAAGAUGUAAUAUUAAAGAAUUCCUUUGCAAUUUAAUCCAACAAAAAAAAUACCCGACACAGCAACUGAAAAUGAGGAGUUCAAUGAAACAGUAAACUGAAUAAACUCAUGUAUUUAAGAGUAUUCUCUUUGUUUUUGGAAACAAGACUCAGUCAAUAUUUUCCUUUCACAGAGAAAGGAAAUCAACAACAAUGGAAAAAAGAUGGAAUAUAACAGCCAAUAGAGAAGAAAUCAUCCGCAUUAUCAUGGUGAAAUGUUUGAGCACCAUAACUUCCAUUAGAAUUAUACCCAGAUUUUAUUGAGGUAAAGACGCACUUGAGAGUUCAGUGACACUCACCUGAAUACAGAAUUGACCAACCUGUCUAUCUGUCAUCAUCACUUACCUGUCAAAUGCAUCUUUGCUUCAUAAAAUGACAAAGUAUAAAGGAUCCUUUUUGGUAUCAACACAAAAUGGUAAUCAUUUUGUAACCUUUCUAAAUAUUCUUCUUUGGUAUUAUAAAAAAAAGUCAUUUACUUUUCCAAUGUCAAUAAUUUGCUAGCAUGCAGUGACUCUGAAAACUAGCAUUUUAUUAUAGGAAGACCAUGUAUAUUUAAAGAAAUAUACAUGCACUGUUACAUACAAAUAGGCAUGCAUACACGUGUACGCAGACACACAUAAGUGCACAACACACCAAAAAUAUACAUUCACCUAAGAAUACUUGUCCCAACCCUCACACACCACACACUCACACCUUACAAAAGACGCUUUCAAAACCCUGCAUCUAGUCCACUUAAACUAGCUUAGUUGACUCUCUCAACACUAAAUAUAUAAAAUUCAACAGUUACAUAGGGUGUGAUAGGAUGUUUUCGACCCUCAGCUAUUUACAAGCAGAUAUUUGGAAGCAUUCGCUUAACCUGACAUUACUUAGGACAUUGAGGUAACAACCGAGAGUGGAGGAUUGUCCAUUGAUGCUCACAAACGGAGGGAGACUUUGUCAUCAUUGUCGUUGUCUCCAUCAAAACACCCUGCGAAAACCAGUGAAUCUGCAGCAGAACACUUACUUAAGCCAAACACACUGCACCUACAGGAAAUGCACAUACACACUUGCACAUCCAUAGUCGUACAAAGGGCUAGUGUCAAUAUCGAGACAUACAUCGAAAUCAAAAGAGAGAGAGAGAGAGAGAGAGAGAGAAAACAGACCUACUCCUUGCUUAUGCUGACA